CAGCCUGCACAACGGGGACUCCAGCAAAUGAAUGGAUUUUUUUGAGUGUUGGUGCAAGAAAUUUGACUUUUAACACUGGAGAUAUAAACCAGCAUAAUGUAUGGCCGACAACUGGAGAAAUUUGUUGCUUUCUGGACAUUAGUUUUCAUUAGAGUAGUAACUGGGCUUGCUGGAGAGGGAAGAUCUGUAUGGAAAAAGGAUCCCCACUUCAGCCCUGUGAGUGAAACACAGAUGUUUUUGUAUGACACAUUCCCCAAGGAGUUUCGCUGGGGUGUAGGAACCGGGGCUUUCCAGGUGGAAGGCAGUUGGAAGAAGGAUGGGAAAGGCUCCUCUGUCUGGGACCAAUUCGUCCACUCGGAGUUCAAGGAUGCUGGCAGCACAGAUGCCUCCAGUGAUAGUUACACCUUGUUGGACAAAGAUUUGUCUGCUUUGGAUUUUUUGGGAGUAACUUUUUACCAGUUUUCAAUUUCAUGGUCAAGGAUUUUUCCUACUGGAGAGGUAACAGCUCCCAAUGAAAAAGGACUCCAUUAUUAUAACACCCUUAUUGACUCUCUACUCUACAGAAAUAUUGACCCCGUGGUCACACUGUACCACUGGGACUUACCCUUGAUGCUGCAAGAAAAAUAUGGGGGAUGGAAAAAUGAAUCAGUAAUUGAUAUCUUCAAUGAUUAUGCCACCUUUUGCUUCCAGACCUUUGGGGAUCGUGUAAAGUACUGGAUUACAAUCCACAAUCCAUACUUAGUAGCUUGGCAUGGGUAUGGCACAGGUAUUCAUGCUCCUGGAGAGAAAGGGAAAUUAACAACCGUCUACUCUGUAGGACACAAUCUAAUCAAGGCUCACGCACAAGUUUGGCAUAACUACAAAACCCACUUUCAACCGUAUCAGAAGGGGAUGAUGUCCAUUGUGUUGGGGUCCCAUUGGAUUGAACCUAACAAAUCAGAAGAUGCAUUGGACAUCUCUAAAUGUCAGCAAUCCAUGGAGAAAGUUCUUGGGUGGUUUGCUAAACCCAUCCAUGGAGACGGCGAUUAUCCAAAAGAACUGAAAAAUGAAUUUGCAUUUUUGCCACGCUUUACUGAGGAUGAGAAAAGCUACAUAAAGGGAACAGCUGAUUUCUUUGCUUUUUCUUUUGGUCCUGAUAACUUUAAACCUCCAAGCACACUACCAAAAAUGGGACAAAAUUUAUCACUCAAUUUGAGAGAAGUACUGAACUGGAUUAAACUGGAAUACAACAGUCCUCGAAUCUUGAUUGCAGAGAACGGCUGGUUCACUGACAGCCAUGUGAAAACUGAUGACACCACAGCCAUCUAUAUGAUGAAAAACUUCAUUAAUAAGGCUUUACAAGCUAUUAAAUACGACAACAUAGAUGUGUUUGGUUACACAGCCUGGUCACUACUUGAUGGCUUUGAAUGGCAACAUGCUUACAACAUCAGGCGUGGAUUAUUUUAUGUAGACUUCAAAAGCGGGAAUAAGGAAAGGAUUCCCAAGUCAUCUGCACUUUAUUAUAAACAAAUCAUCCAGGAAAAUGGCUUCUUCCCAAAGGAGUCUACGCCAAGCUUGCAAGCUCAGUUCUCCUGUGACUUCUCCUGGGGUAUCACCGAGUCUGUUCUCAAGGCGGAAUCUGUGGCUUCCUCACCACAGUUCUGUGACUCCAGCCUGUACCUCUGGAACGUCACAGGAGAUGGGCUCCUGCAUAAAGUUAAAGGGGUGAAGCUAAAAACCCGACCAGCACAGUGCACAGAUUUUGUCAGUAUUAAAAAGCAACUUGACCUCCUGGAAAAAAUGACAGUCACUCAUUACAGAUUUGCACUCGACUGGUCGCUGAUUUUACCCAAUGGAGAUCUGUCUACAGUCAACAGGCAAGUUCUCAGGUAUUACAGGUGUGUGAUCAGUGAAGCACUGAAACUCAACGUUCAGUCCAUGGUCACCUUGUAUCACCCAACUCAUGCCUACCUGGGCCUGCCAGGUCCCUUGCUGCAGACAGGAGGGUGGCUGAACCCAUCGACUGCCUAUGCUUUCCAAGACUAUGCUGCUUUAUGCUUUCAGGAACUUGGGGAUUUGGUUAAACUCUGGAUUACAAUAAACGAGCCCAACCGGCUGACUGACGUCUACAAUGGGAGCAGCAAUGACACCUACCAAGCAGCACACAAUUUGUUAAUAGCACAUGGCAUGGCCUGGAAAAUAUACAACGAGCAGUACCGGUCCUUCCAGCAUGGCAAAGUGUCCCUGUCCCUGCAUUCAGACUGGGCUGAACCUGCCAACCCCUACUUUGAAUCUCACUCAAAAGCUGCCAACAGGUUUCUUCAGUUUGAAAUAGGCUGGUUUGCUGACCCUAUAUUUAAGACUGGGGACUAUCCAGCUACCAUGAGGGAAUAUAUAAGCAUUAAAAACAGAAAAGGCCUCUCAAACUCUUUGUUGCCCUCUUUCACGAGUGAGGAAAAGCAGCUUGUCAAAGGUGCAGCUGACUUCUAUGCGCUGAAUCAUUUCACCACCAGAUUUGUGGUCCAUGAACCUCAGAAUGGGAGCCAGUAUGAAUAUGAUCGUGACAUCCAAUUUCUGCAGGAUAUCACCUGCCUCAACUCCCCCUCCCGUUUGGCUGUGGUGCCCUGGGGACUGCGCAAAGUUCUCAAGUGGAUUAAAGAAACCUACGGCGACAUUGACAUCUACAUCACAGCAAAUGGAAUAGAUGACCAGUCCUUAGAAAACGAUGAACUUAGAAGUUAUUACUUGGGAAAAUACAUACAAGAGGUUUUAAAAGCGUAUUACAUUGAUAAAGUCAAGAUUAAAGGCUACUAUGCAUUUAAGAUGACUGAAGAAAAAUCUAAACCCAGAUUUGGAUUCUUUACUUCAGAUUUAAAAGGAAAGCCUUCAAUAAAAUUUUACAAUAACCUGAUAAGCAACAACGGCUUCCCUGCCAACUACUCAGCCUGCCAUCCCUCCAACCAAGAAAAGCAGUGCAGCUUCUGCUUGUUUGUUUCUCAGAAGAAGCCAUUAAUCUUCUUUGCCUGCUGCCUUUUCUCUACCCUUAUCUUGCUUUUAACCAUUACUGUUUUUCACAAAAGAAAAAGAAGAAAACAUUUUAGGGCAAAAAGCACCCAGCGGAUCUGUGUUGUGUUUUAAAAAGGGGGCACAAGUCCACUUCCAGUGAGAUCCAUCCCCGUCUGCAUUCUACAGAGGUCAAUGCAACUGUAGGAAAGCACUACGUGAGUCACUCCAGUCAUACACACCAGGCAUUUCAUUGGAAAACGGGAAGUAACUGCAUGCACAGGAAGAAGAGCUAUGAUGACAUUUCUGUCUGGUAACAAUAAUUGACCUUCAGUCAAAUGCAUCUACUUUAAAAAAAACAGGCAGAAAAUUUUAUGACUCUCCUGUGCCUUGGAAUAACCUUUCAGUUAGACUUGAAGAGAUACUUAACUGUGAGAACUGAUAUGCACUUUUUUAUUAACUUCUUUGGAUGAAAACAUCUUGUGAUGUAUAUUCAUGUUAUGAAUGCUGUUGAGCAUGAAACUGCAGUUGUUAAGGUUUACAAAUAAAACUGUUCUUAAACCCCACAAACUUUCAAGUACAACACUGAGUAUGAAAUGUGCUGGGCCAGCUUCUGCAGAUACUGUGAAAAGAAAAAAUCCAACCUAACUCCAUUAUCAGCCAACAUACCUGUAUCCCUUACACGCUGGAUGAAGUAGAAAUCAGAUGUUUAUAUUUUAAGCAAAAAAUG